AUGCAGAGAUGGGCAUUACUCUUAUCUGGUUUCAAUUACAAAAUUGAAUUUAUUAAAGGCAGCAUAAAUGAUGCUGAUAACCUAUCGCGAAUUCCUCAAUUGGAAUAUAAUGACAUUCAUGAUGAAAAAAGUUUUAUCCAUUUAAUUUCGAAGGAUAAUAAUUUAAACUUAGAUUUCAAUGAUAUAGCUCGUGAGACAAGGCGCGACCCAAUUUUGGCUAAGAUCUGUGAUGUUGUUAAAUUAGGAACAAUUAAAGAUCUUAAAGGUCACGAUUUUAAACCGUAUUGUAUUAAGGAAAAUGAAUUGACUGUUGAUCAGGGAUGUUUGUUAUGGGGAUACAGAGUAGUAAUACCUCAUAAACUCAGAAAAAUUGUUCUCCAACAACUACAUGAAUCACAUUUUGGAGUGGUUAAAACAAAAAGUAUAGCGAGAUCUUAUGUAUGGUGGCCAAACUUGGACAUAGAUAUUGAAAACUUAGUAAAAAAUUGUAUUCCAUGUCAGGAACUUCUACCUAUUCCACAAAAAAGUCCAUUGAUACCGUGGAUUCCUACUGAAGCAGUAUGGAGUAGAAUUCACAUAGAUUUUGCUGGGCCUAUAAAAGGUUACUUUCUGUUAGUUUGCAUAGACUUUCACUCGAAAUGGGUGGAAAUUUUUAAAACUAAAUGUAUUACUUCAAACUUUGUAAUAUCAAAAUUACGUGAAAUGUUUUGUCGCUUUGGUUUGGUAAAAACUAUAGUAAGUGAUAACGGAAAACAAUUUGUUUCUGAUGAAUUCAAGUAUUUUCUUAAAAUUAAUAAAAUUCAACAUAUAUUAACAGCACCUGGUCAUCCAGCAACAAAUGGACAAGUUGAAAACUUAGUCAAAGUGUUAAAAAAAUCUUUAUUUGCGAAUUUAAGAUAUGAAAAUGAAGCAGGCAUUGAUAUAGCUUUGAAUAGAUUUCUUAUAGAUUAUAGGAAUACAAAACAUUGCACCACUCAGGAAUCUCCUGCGAAACUUUUUUUAGGUAGAUUGUUAAGAACAAGAUUUGACUUAAUGAAACCACCAUUAAUAAUUGAAAAAAUGUUAAGAACACAAGAAAACAGCAUUAGAAACUAUAAAGGUAAAAGAGUUACAACAUUUAAAGUAGGUCAACGAGUUUUUAUUCGUGAUUAUAGAAAUCCAAAUAAACCUAGUUGGUCUCCUGCUAAAAUUAUUGAUCAAUUUGGUCCACGUACCUAUCAAUGCGAAUUAUCACAUAGUAAUAGGGUGAUAAAAAGGCACGCUGAUCAAAUAAGAUCUGGAUCUGAAGAUAAAAACCAGCAGAGUGAUGUAGACGCUGAGCUGUCGGAGGUGCCUGCAGCACAAGUUGAAAAUAAAAAUAUAACCGACAAUAAUACUGUCGAGACUGAACUUGCAGAAUGUGUUGAGAGAAAUGUAAAUGACAACAAUAUACCUCUUGAAGAUUUACACCAAUGUUAUACAAAUUCAAGUAAUGACGGUCAAGUAAAUACUAGACACCUAAGGCCGAGAAUACAAGGAAAGGUUGUUAAAAAAUAA